CUACUAUAAAUAAUUGCAGAGACACAGCUUCCAUUAUCACUGUCUUUUCAUUCUUAAAACUUUCCAUUCUUUAGGUUUUCAUUUUCUUAGCUGCCAAACAAUCUCAUUCGUUAUGGCAAAUCUUCCUCGCUUUGGUCGUACAUGGCAGCGUCUUUCCACAAUUGCACGCCCUUUUCCGGCCACCGCAAAUCCUGCUUCAGAACCAGAGCCUGAGAUUCUGCCACUUGCUCCGGCCACCGAAACUCUCGAAUCUUUCGAGUCCAACCCACCGCCGGCAGCUUCUCCGGCCAAGAAACCUGCCACGCCAAGUUUCAAAGCUACUGUCACACGUGUAGCCAGCCCGCCGGUGAAGCCUGCACGAUCCCCUCCGCCCUCUCCUGCAAAGAAAUCUUCCGACCGGAGACAUUCAAUUAGGCCCUAAUUCGUAUCAGAAAACCGUCAAGCCUCACCAACCAACCACGCCACCACUUUCCCCUCUGGCUCUGCCUAAAUCUGCAAAUGCGACGACGGCUCAAUCCAGAAUCUCGCUGGAGACGAAGCAGAAAGCCGGUCCAUACAAAAAGACCGUCGAGAAGGCGGAGAAGUCGGACUGGCCGUCGGAGUACGGAUCCGGAAAAGCCGCCGCAGAAGCAGCAGGCGGAGGCUAUAAACCUUACCGGACAUAACGUAGGCGCGGUCAUGGAAGUACGCCAAUUCUCCGAAUCCGAUGAUCGUUCAGGCGGAGAAAUCGCCAAGAAGAACGAAACAGAAGGCGGCGUCCGCCAUGGAAAUGAUGAUGAGAGGAAGAAGGGAAGGAAGGAUAAAAGUGACAGAGUAAAGGGAUUUCCAAGGACGGCAUUCAUGAACAGUAAUUUUCAAGAAGUGAAUAAUUCUGUAAUGUAUGAUUCGACGUGCAGGGGCCGUGAUCCAGGGCUGCACCUUGAUUUCUCCGGGAAGUCGAAGGAUGAUGGAGCCAUUUUCGACGGCGCCCAGAACUCUUAAGUUCUAAGGAGAAAGUGCAAUGGAAGUUGUUACCCUUUUUAAAUGUGUGAUUAUUAAAUUAAAUAAAUAAGCUAAAAUGGAAUAAUAUUCCACCUUUUUGUAUUUAGGAUCUCAUAUUUUUAGACCAUAUUAAAUAUUUUAAACAGUGU